AUGUUCUUACAAAUCCUUCACCUUGCCCAAGCCGCCUUGGCAAUCUACGGCGGCAAGCAAUCUUACAUCGCUAUCACCAACCUUCAAAAAUACGAAAACGCAACCAAAAAGCUAGCCAAGGUAUCUACCGAAGCUGAACGCCAGCGUCAAAAGACAUACGCCACGCAAGCUACCGGUGUCGUCACGCUGUUAUUCUCAUUCUUCAUGUCGGUACUGCUUGCCCGUCGUGGUUCAAUAUAUGGGGUUUUACCGCGUUACCUAGCCCCGGUUGUGACGGUCGUCGCUGUCUACUUUGCGAGAGAACAUAUCCAGGGCUUCUGGGCUGGGAAGACCCCUGGGAUCAAGGGCAGUCUGCCUAAAAUGGGGGAUUACGAAGAGGCAGAAAUACGAACACAGAAGCUGCUGAAUGUGUUGGAUCUUAUAAUGUUUAGUUGGAUUGCUACGUUUGUCAUGGCUGUGUUAAUAGGAUAUUAA